AUGGCUAUCUCCAAGCAACAAGAGGCAGUCAUUGCUAAGAUAGUUUACUAUAAUCCAGCUACUUGGUUCCUUGCCUGUGAAUCCGAGGUCCUUAAGAUUCCAGAGCAAGAUCGAGCCGAAUUCGGGAAAAUAUUACUUGAAGCAAUGGACGUUUACAGGUCCAAAGUUCAAAAUGUUAUUCCAAUAUUGAAGAGAGGACCAAACCUCAACCCAGAAGUCAACAUGCGCGCUUGGGCUAUGAUGCAUGCCAGAUUUCUUGCUCGUUUGUUCGUUAAACAUCCAACACUGUGCGAGCGAUUGUGCGUCAAGCUAUCUAACGAGACAUACAAUCCAGGUUGGAAAUGCCAUGUUAGAAAGUUCAGAGACAUAGAAAAGCACAAGAAUGAGAUAGAAGAACAGGUCGAGGCGGCUUGUCGAGAAAGUCGGUUAUUUUUCAGCACUCAUUCAGGAUACAAUUUCGUCAUCACAAACCACAGUAACUCUAGCCGUGACUCUGAGUCAAAGGUGCAAAGUUAUCCUCGAUUUGAAGUGCAAAGUCGCGAAGCAGCUGCGCAAUCUUUGUUAGCUUUAUCUCAGAGUGUUCAAACUCGAAAUAAUUAUGAGUGUACCUCAUCGAGUCAAUUACCACCUCCUCAAUUUGCGCCUCUUGAAGUUAACGGUGGCAAUGAGCAAACGACGACUUCCAACUCCAAAUCUCACACUGGCGAACGACACCCCAAGCACGUGAGAUUUGCCCUCACCCUCGAGAAGAGCGCCGCUGCUGAGCUUGAGGCUAUCAGUAGGAUGAACAAGAACUCUUUCUAUCACACUGCCCAAGAAAAAGCUCAAAAGUUGCAGCUGGAAAGCAAUCUUCAGGCGGAGAUAGCUUCUCAGGAUGACGAUUUAUAUGGUGUUAGUGACGACGAACGUGAUCGACCCACGAAUACGACAAAGUUCUCGAACAAGGCUGCAACUCCUAACCGUAGUACUAAGAUCGAAGACCAUCUUGAAAACAAAAACCCCUCUCCUGCAGAGACUGUCGAUGGGGACAUCGAUGAACGUUUUUCUCUUCGUGAGAUGAUUGAUGCUAUGGAGUUCGUUGCAGAGCACCCUUGGAUCUGCGAGCAUUUAUUGGUCGACCAUGUCUGGGAUGAGUACAAGCUCUUUCAUGAGUACAAUACAGAGGCGCUGAAAGUAGCAGAGGAAGAGAUUGAAGAAUUGAAUAGGGCUGUUGCAAAAGAAGCUACACCCUCUUCACAAAAGGGGUCAGAAGUUAGCUUAUCAACUACCUCUGUACAUCGCACACGGAGUACGAGCCAGACGUUCUGCUUGUCCAGCGUACCUCUAUCUCGUAUUGUUUCUCCACCUCUCUCUAUACUGUCUGUUAAUCAAGCAAGCUCAACUGACGAGGCCAAUGCAAAUAAUAUGACUGCUGCUGAGGAGGAACAGGCGAUUAAUGCAGCUGCCAAAGCUGGAUUUGUGAAUCGUAACUUUCAACUCCAAGUUGCUACGGUUUAUCGUGCAUUGGGGGUGGUUCCGACAGCUACAGGGCCAGUUCCUUCCAAUCAUCCACCUAUCAAUCGUGUUCAAUCAUCUGAGAGCUCUGCUCCUGCCAACAAUGCAGCACCACCUCAAAACAAAUCAUACGAUAGAUCUACUUCUGACCACAAUUGUCCUACACGUCAAUCGCAGUCCUCGACGGGUCGAUACAAGACAACUAAUCCUGUUGUCAAUGGCGAUACCAUCAUUGUUGAUACUUCCUCACUUGCACCCGCCCACGUUUAUUCUGUUCCUGAUCACAUCGCGCCUCCACGUCGUGGUCGAUCAUCUGAAGAAUUAGUUCCCGCUUAUGCUGCACCUAAGCGACGUUCUCAAGCAACUGUCGGACAAGAAAGCGUAGAUCAUAGUACUAAUACAAAACCUUCAACCAGCUCUGAUAGAUCGAAGAAGAGCCUCGCUCCUACUAUGAAUCGGGCCCAAAUGCGUGAACAGCUGCAGAUCGCUGCUGUCUACCAAUCACUCGGACGCCAAAACGAGGAACCUUCUGGAAAUUUUGGAAAUGAUGGAGCUAGAGUUGAGAUGAAUGAAGAAGUAGGAGAAGUAUCCGACGCAGCCGAAGCUAUCAUCCCUGGAAGACUACGUCGUGGACGGGAUGCUGAUCUGUACAACAAACCCCAUGAUCGUCGUAUGCCAUACUUUGCACUUCAAGAAAAUGUUGCUGCGACAUUCACUCCAGAUCGAUUCCUUAACAUGCACAGGGGAGCUGGUGCGCCCGGUGACUUCGGAUUCAACCCUUUUGCGAAUCAGAACAUGGAUUUUGGACCUGUUCUAGCAACUUAUCGUCGUACCGCUACUUCUACCGGUCAAGAACAGAGAAGCUUUGCUGCUGGCCGAACUCAAAACGAGCAGGAAAUAGGAUUUGAAAGAGUUGAAUUCUCUGGUCCUGGAAAUCACAGUUUGAAUCAUCGGAUUCCUGGGAUGUAUGGACCAUCUCAACCUAUUACAGCUCUUGAUAAUCCGCGAGAGGAUUUCUGGAUCAAUCGCGGUAAUUUUGGUGACUUUGAGCCGACUGGCAUGGGUCUAAAUAUGUAUUUCAACAUGGAUCUAAAUGCAGAUUCUGUUCAAAAUCCUCACCUGAAUGACAUCCACGGCUCAAAUAAUUUUGCAGAUUUCGGGGGCAACUACAAUCUUGAUUUCAAUGUUGAGAAUAUGCCUUUCUCUAGUCCCAAAAGAUCCUCUAGUCAAUUCGGUACUUUCAAUCCCAAUGCUGAUUCCUCCGCCUUCGGUAGUAUGAAACAAUCUUUCGGCACUGCCAAUGAGAAAAUUGAUGGUGUAAAUCAAACACCCGUUGUGUUUGAAGGCAUGGAUGAGUUCAUGUUUCAUAAUACACCACUCGCACGAAUCAAUGCCGGUUUUGGAUUCGACGACAUGAAUCAGACCUUUGAUCAAUCCGGUGGAAUGGAUCCAGUUCAUGUUCCGGAAUCAGCGCGUCAGGAUAACGCUGGUACAAGAAGCCAGCCAGAAGAAACGCUCGCUCCAGUAACACCUCAUCGUACUCGUGCUAGUACCAGAAGCCAAAGACGGUAUGAUUUGUCGGCUAGAGGUGGCAAUUACUUCCGAUUCCAGGAUACCGGGUCAGUCGAAGGAGAAGCUGGAGAUGAUUAUGUUGAUGAAGAGGAUGAAGAAGACAACGAGGAAGAUGUUGACGAGGAGAUUGAAGAGAAUGAGGAAGAGGAAGAUGACUUCGAAGAGGAUAGUCCUAGUAAGAGAGCACGUCACCACAAGAAUUCUUCCAGAGGUUCACGUAGAAACUCAGCUAGAAGUCCAGCUAAAGGUUUUGCAAAGGGUACUCCAAGAAAUUCAAGAAAAACCCCUGUCAAAAAAGGUCCCAAGGUCGCAUUUAAUCCUCGUCCAGCCUCAGCACCUUCUACCCUCGAUCGUGGUCCACUGCGGAGAUAUCAUCAAACCACAAUAAAUCUCUCGCCCGGUGCUUUGGGUCCCCAGUUUAAUCUUGAGAUUACUGGGCGUCAGAGAAGAUUGCCGUUCACGACUGUUGCUCAGGAUAGAGCAGAGUUUAAGAGGUAA